ACCUUUCUACAGGACGCAACACAACUCGACACAAUCGCACCAUGGGAGACACCGCUAUGUUGGAUGGCGAUCCGCCAAUCUUCCACGGAUUGAGGAUUGUAAUCAUACCUACAGACAUUCCCGAGGAGCGCCAGCAACAGUUGGCAGAUGAUAUCAAGGCAAUGGGAGGCACAGUAGCUCCUUUCAAUACCUCUACUGGUCGCAUAGACGAUUUGGCAGAUGUCACUCAUAUUAUUUCCACAACGUCCGAUUUUCCAGAUUAUCAUCGCGCCCUCACGUACUUGGAGAAACCUGUGGUCAAACCAACUUGGGUGGAAGCUUCUGCGAAGGUCAACAAACUCAAAAACCCGCGAGUGUACAGUCCAGAUCCUGCUCUGUUCAUGAGCGAGUUGGUUGUGUGCUGUGGAAACCUGCCUGAGAGCGACCAAGAAGCGAUUGCUGGCGGCGUUUUGGCAAUGGGUGGACAAUUUUCGCCCAUCAUGUCGAAAUCUGUGACGCACUUGAUCGUAUUGGAGAUGGAGGACCCUCGAGCAGUAUUGGCUGUGUCUAAAAGACUACAUUGCCAUAUAAUACUCCCACACUGGUUUGACGACUGCCUGAAAGUCGGUCGAAAAAUAUCAGAGCGCCCAUACACAUUGCCAGAUCCAGAAAUACUCAAGACCCAAGCUGAAGCCGGUGCGAUUCCCGCUGUUCGAGCCAGUCAGUCAAUCCGGCAAGCCUCCAAUCCUGAACCGGUGGACGAAUUAAUGCAACACAAUACUUCACUAGAGCAUCUUGAGCCUCCGCGAGCUAUACGAGCAUUUAAUGGAAAGAGGGUCAUGUUUGGCUCAGAUCUGGGCCUGAACGACAGGUUGGAGCAGGUAGUUACAGAUCUGAUCACAGCAGGGGGAGGGGAGGUCACAAAAAAGGUUGAGGAAGCCGAUAUAUAUGUGUGCAACUACCGCGAGGGUAACGAUUACGUGAGUGCAUCGCAGGCCAACAAAGAUGUAGGCAACCUGAGCUGGUUGUACUACUUGAUUACGCACAAUACCUGGACAAAUCCUAUGCGCCGGUUGAUGCACUAUCCGCGACCUCGUGAAGGAAUUCCUGGCUUCGGCGAAUACAGGAUUAGCAUAUCUAGCUACACUGGCGAAGCGCGGGUCUACUUGGAGAAUCUGGUGAAAGCCACAGGCGCAGAGUUCACCAAGACCUUCAAGCAAGACAACACCCACUUGAUUGCAGCACAUCAGCACAGUGAAAAGUACGAAGCAGCGAAAGAAUGGGGUGUAAACAUCAUCAACCAUCUUUGGCUCGAAGAGAGCUAUGCAAAGUGCAAAGAACAGACUCUCACCGACCAGAAGUACAGUUUCUUCCCACCACGUACAAACCUGGGAGAAGUUCUCGGACAAACCGAAAUCAAUCGCAAGGCCGUUGAGGAUGCAUUCUUCCCUAAGUUUCGAAAACCUAGCAAGGCUGUGAAACAGAUCAUUCAACAGGAUGGAGUACCUGGUUCAAGUGCUCCCAAUAUGAAGCCAUCCAGUGACGUGAACAAGUCGGCUUCGCCGGUUGGAGAGAAAGCGAAAACAGCCAAGACAAGGGGGAACGUAUCUACUCCAGUGGCACCACGGCACUUCGAGGAAAAAGAAAACCAGACACCUGGAACUACAGGAAGCCGUGGAGCCAAAGACCGAGCACUGUCAAAACUCCACGAUGCUGCACCUGAUAUUGCAAGAUUUGAGAAAGAGAUGAAGCGCAAAGGAGGUGUGAUUCAUGGCGGAAGAAGAGAGAAGGAUACUUCCGAUGAUGACAGGCAAGCGAAACCCAAGGGAAGGGACUCAAAUGCUAGCAAACGGUCUAUUGAAGAAGUCGAUGCCGAGGAAGACGAAGACUCAACGGAUGAGGCUGCAGGGAACGAGAUGCAGAAGAAGAAGAAACCCAAGAAGACGCCCAUCAUCCACCGAGUUCUCAUAUCCAAGGACGAGCGCUGGCAAGGCGAUGCAAACAAAGAAGCCAAGGAUAAGGCGAAACUCCGAGAAUUGGGCAUAUUCAUCACCGACGAUUACAGCAAUGUCGAUGUUAUGUGCGCGCCUAAAAUCGUUCGCACAAAGAAGUUCGUCGCAGCGCUGGCUUGUGGGCCUACUAUUGUUCGCACUUCUUACUUGGAUUUUGUUCUCACUAAAAACAAACUGCCACCAGUGGAAAAGCACCUUCUCCACGAUGAGGAAUUCGAGAAAGAGCACGGAUUUCGACUUGAUGAGGCUAUCGAGCGUGCAAAGCAGAACAAGAAGCGCCUCUUGCGCGACUGGACUAUAUAUGUCACGGACGCGGUUACUGGUGGAGCCCAGACCUAUCGCGAUAUCAUUGCUGCCAAUGGCGGCAAGAGCAACAUGUGGAAGGGAAGGGCCAACCAGAUCAAUGCUUCCAAACGCACCAUCCAACCUGUGCCUGGAGAUGUUAGCCAAAACCAAGAGGAGGACGAAGGCGAUGUUAUUUACCUCAUCUCUGAAGCGAAGAAGAGCGAAUUCCCGCUGUGGGAGAAGUUUAGGGAUCUGGCGAAGAAACACGACAUGGUACCACGUAUCGUGAAAACGGAAUGGCUGCUUUUUGUUGCGAUGGCACAAUACGUGCAUUGGGACCCUGAAUGGGAGCUGAACGAAGACAUGGUCUCAGCAUCAUGAUGGCUUGAUUGGAUGCGAAUAAAAACAGGCGCAAGGCGAUCGUACCUCGUACAUUGGGAUGCAUUGGACGGCUGGCUAGGAGGAUAUCUGGGUACUUCGUUUUCGUACCGCCCUAGCGAUACCAUGGAGCAAUUACUAGCGAACUUGCAUUAUCGAGUCGGUGUUCAAUGAUUGUAUAGCAUAUCUCCGUAAAAUGUAAUUUUCGAAAAUCGAAGCAUG